GAAUGCUGUCCUUCAUUUGUUUCUGAGAUGUAUAAUCCAUAACAUUUAUGAUUCGUUCAGUGGUUAAUCCUAUUGGACAGUGCAGGGAGACCGAGUCAGGUGAUUGCCAAGGAAGCCGGAGAUUCAUUCAGUCCUCCACGGAAAGGGGAGCACGCCCAACCCGGAUGCUCAGAUAAUUUGUGGAGCGGUCAGUUGUAGGGGGUUCAGAUCGCAGGGUUGGAGGUAUUUCAGUACCACGGAGGAGGGACAGCUCCCGACGGAAUUUACGUUUUCUCGGUACUACUGAGACCUCCAUCACUGCUUCAUCGCUGCUAGAGGACUGUGGUACACUCGCGCAGAAUCAACAAUCAAGGGGACUGAGGAGAACAGACUGUAUGCUUAUUUUUCGCUUUUAAGAAACUCAUUUGCAUGCCGAAUCUCGCCCGGUACAUUGGGACCUGACGAACGAUGGCGGAGUGUGCGCGGAAAGGACUAUCGCUCCUGGAGGAAGCGCGUUCUCGCUACGAGAGCUUGCAGAUUUCUGAUGAUGUGUUUGGGGAGUCUGGAGACGACAGCAGUGAAAACCCCUUUUACAGUACAUCGGGCGACUCGAAUUCGGACAACUACCGGGAGACAAAUCCAGACGAUGCCAGGGCAGGUGAAACUAGGAGUAGUCACAACUGUGGUCCUCCUGGGUCUGUCUCCAAUGGCCAAGCGCAGGAGGAAGGAUGGAGUGAUGCACUACAGGACAUCAGCGUGCCCCAGUAUCAGGACACACAUGGUCCGACACAGAAAAUGCUGGUCACUGCCACGGCCAUGGACUUCUUCCAGCUCUUUGUCCCUGAUAAUGCCAUCCAAAACAUGGUGACCCAAACCAACAUGUAUGCUAAGAAGUACCAGGAGCGCUUUGGAAGUGAUGAAGGAUGGACCAAUGUGACAUUAGCUGAGAUGAAGGCCUUUCUGGGCUUCGUUACCUCUACUGGCGUGAACCGCUGUGAGUCAGUACUGAGCAUCUGGAGCAGUGGAUUCUUCAGUAACCGCAGCAUCGCACUCAAAAUGAGCCAGGCACGCUUUGAGAAGAUCCUCAAGUACUUCCACAUCGUAGCCUUCCGUUCGAGUCAAGGUGGCAGUCAGGGCCUAUAUAAGAUCCAACCUUUCCUGGACUCACUGCAGCAGAGCUUUGGCUCUACUUUCCGGCCCUCACAGACACAGGUCCUUCAUGAACCCUUGAUUGAUGAGGACCCUGUUUUCAUUACCACAUGUACAGAGAGAGAGCUGCGUAAGAGGAAGAAGAGGAAGUUUAGCCUGUGGGUGCGACAGUGCAGUUCUACUGGUUUCAUCUGUCAGAUCAGUGUCCACCUAAAGGAGGGCCCUGGUCUGGAUGGUUUGGACACCCUGAAGAAUAAACCUCAGCUUCACAGUUUGGUGGCUAAGCAGCUCUGUCAGAACCUGUCUGGACGUAAUGCUAUCAUCUUCACUGGACCAAGCAUCACAAGUCUAAAUUUGUUUCAGGAAUUUGAGAAACAAGGGAUCUACUGCUGUGGGCUGCUGAGCACUAGGAAGAGUGAUUGCACUGGUCUUCCUCAGUCUAUGCUGAUCAAUACAGAGACUCCACAACAACGUGGCCAGUCUCGCAUUAAGAUAAGAGGCAAUAUUUCCAUAAUCAACUGGUACAACAAAGGCAACUUCAGAUUCCUCACCAAUGCCUACUCUCCCACCAAAGAAGGGGUCAUCAUUAAGAGGAAGAGUGGAGAAAUCCCAUGUCCGCUUGCUGUGGAGGCCUUUGCUGCACAUCUGAGUUACAUCUGCAAAUAUGAUGACAAGUACAGCAAGUACUUCAUUUUCCACAAGCCCAAUAAGACCUGGCAGCAGGUGUUUUGGCUGACCAUCAGCAUUGCCAUCAACAACGCCUACAUUCUCUACAAGAUGUCAGACGCCUACCAUGUCAAACGCUACAGCCGAGCACAGUUCGGCGAGAGGCUGGUCAAAGAGCUGCUGGAUCUGGACGACUGCUCACCCACUCAAUGAAGGAACCACAUGCUGUCUCAAACCCACUUACAAAAAUGUCAUACUAACAUGGACAUAUUAUACACAUGUACUAGCAUUCUGCACUUCUGGGUCAUGUAAAUGGCAUUUGGAACACCUUAUAUGUAAGAAAAUGUGCCAAGUCUGGUUAAAAAAGGAAUGUUUGAGAUCUGAUUUCACAUUUAUUUGGCCAUUUCUACAUGAAAAGUAUUUAUAUCACAGGAACAUUGUACAUAAGUCACUCAACAGUCUCUGUAAUGCUUGCUGCAUGAGAAACACGAAAACGUGCCCUUUGUGAAAUUUUUUUUAUCGAUAGAGUUUCAGUAAUAGUGUUGACGUAGUUUUGAAUCCUUAGAUACAAUGUUUUGUGAAUUAUCUCUGUUUGUGAGCAGCAUAUUCAACAUUGAGCACUGAUAAAUAUACUGUAUAUAUUUAGAGAUUGGGGUGUUUUAUCACCAAAAUGAAAAUGAAAUGCAAUUCAUUUAAUUUAUAUUACACUUAAUGUUAAAAGGGAGAUCCUAGAUGUUUUCCCAAAUAUCUGGGCUUUUUUUCUAUUUUAUAUUGCUUAAUAUUUAUUAUCUUUUACUCUUAAUUUUUAAACACAGCAACAACAUGAUUGUUGUGAUUUAAACGCUGAUGUACAGUAUAAUGUCACACUGAUGACUUACAGUAUAUUAUAUCUGUAAGGCACAACUACUAUGCUUUCCCAAUCAUUUUUGCCCUUAACUAGUACCCAAGUAGAAAGUAACUAAGGCCAUGCAUUGUAGAUUUUCAAUUAAUUGCUCUGACAAAAAUUGCAUUGAUCUCAAAUUAGAUUUCUAUGACAUUGCAUAAACUCUUUUGUCUGCCUUUCAUUAUUAUCCCUAUAUUUUGUCAAUUAAAGUCUUCUGUAUUUAAUAGUAAAUGUUAUGCAUUUCUUUGAUAGGGCCCAAUAUAGUAUACCAAAAAAGAAAAAGAAAUGUAAAUAUAAUUUCUAAUAAUUAAUUUACAUAAUUUUAUAUUUUAUUAUGUGUAAUUAAAUAGAGUAGGCUACCCAGUUUAAAUAGAAAUUGUUUUAUUUGAGCGUGAUUCUAAAAAAAAUGAAUGAAACAUAUGAACGACUUAAAUUAACCAGAAUGUCUCUUAACCCUUAACAGGGUAGAUUAUAUGUGGUCUUUCAUUUAGCUAGAUCUUCAGUCAGUCAGACUUUAUCAAAUGAUCAAUCUUCCAUGUUGCUAUAUUGUAACUGUAGUAAUGGCAUGUUACAAUCACUCGGCUACUUACCCAUGGAAUAAUUUUGUCCCUUCACUGAAGCAGAUUCAUUUGACAAGAUUUGGUUAUUUCCCUCAGGUAAUACAUUUACUCAAGCAUCUCCCCUCUAUAUCACUGUACUGUAUUCAUACUGAAUAAUGACCACAGUUAGGGACACAUGUACAGUUGUGAGUGAAUUUGUGUCACAGCUGCCAGACAUUCUAACUACAAUUUCCUUGGAUUAAAUUUACAGUUAAAGGUAUAGUUCACCCAAAAAUGAAAAUUGUCUCAUCAUUUACUUACCCUCAUUACUUUCUUCAGCUGAACACAAAAUAAGAUUUUAUGAAGAAUAUCUCAGUGCUGUAGGGCCUCACAAUGCAAGUGAAUGGGUACCAACAUUUUAAAACUCCAAAAUGCACAUAAAGGCAGCAUAAAAGUAAUCCAUAAGACUCCAGUGGUUAAAUGACAAUUGAGGGUAAGAAACAGAUCAAUAUUUAAGUCCUUUUUAAUUAGCAAUCUCCACUUUCACUUUCACAUUCUUCUUCUUUUGUUUUUGGCGAUUUGCAUUCUUUGUACAUAUCGCUACCUACUGGGCAGGGAGGAGAAUUUAUGGUAAAACAGACUUAAAUAUUGAUCAUUGUUAGUGUUCUGCAGUAAGAAAUUCAUAGACAUCUGGGAUGGCAUGAGGGUGAGUAAAUCAGAGAAUUAAAAUUUAUAGGUGAACUAUCCCUUUAACUGUAUGUUUUCACCUGCUGUUUUCCUUUGUACUCUAAGUGGGUAUGUGGAGAGACACCAUGCUUUUAUACUUGGUUUUUAAGACAAAACCCAUGUUUUAUCUGUCCAGACACUUUUUUGAGAGAACACAUUGAGAUUGAGAUUUCGUGUUUGGGGGUUGUUCCACACUCUCUCUCUCUGCACUCCAGUGGGAAUACUUUUAAAUCAGGUGUGAAUUCAGAGUGAGGCAGACAGUGAACUAAUAACGUGAGACAGGUGGUAUCUGGUUUAAACUCUUUGACCCUUAUGUCUUUAUGAGGGCCUUACUUUGGGUGACCUCAGGGUUUUGUAACUACAAAGAUCUACUGUAAUAGACAAUAUAUAGUAGAAGACUGGUUUGGGUGCUAUGUACAACUCUGCCAAGAACAUUCUCUGUAAUCCAGUGAAAAUAGUUGGCACAGCCAAGACUUUUAAUGAAAGUUCCUACAAGUACAGGGUGUAAGGAAAAAAAAUCCUUCCAUUAAGCAAAGUUUCUGCUUUUGCACAGACUGCUAACAUUUUUCACUCUACUUUAGGACCAGCUUCGUAUGGCAUGAUAUCAGAUCAUUGUAACUGACAUUUUAAUAACAGAGAACAGCUAUGACGACUAUAUAGUCUGUGAAUAACUCAUUUACUGGACCAAAAUUCCUCAAUAACUGGUCAAUUAAACAACCCAGUGUAGUACAUGGAUCUAUCUAUUUUCAUGUAUGAAUGUUGUGAAUGUGCUGUGUCUUGUUGUAUAAUGCUUGGUGUACCUUCACUUGUCUUAUCACUGUGAAUGUUGAAAAUAAGCUGUGUGGGAGAGUAUCUGUCUCUCAGUGUGUGAUGUGUUAUCUGUAAUGUUCACACUCACUGUAUGACCGUUACCAAACUGACCGUGCUUCAUCUCCCUGCCUUUUGUGAGUUUACACCAAUUUGCACACUAAUAAAUGUUGUUU